AUGAGAAUUAUAAGCUUAGCUUUAAUUGCUUUACUUGCAAUAUCUGUUGUCUAUGCUGAUGAAGAUAUUGAUGCUAUCAACAAAUGCUCUGCUUCUACUGAUGCCCAAAUGAAUUGUGGUGAAGAUGAAGAUGAGGCCUGUGAAAAAGAAAAGGAAAGAUUGGAAUAAUGCAUAGAUAUUUGCGACGGUACUGGUAAUUCAACUUUUUAUGAAUUAGGGUUAUGCUGUUAAAAAAUGUGUACUACCAAAAACUCAAAGCUCAAAACUGCUUUCUCAAAUUACAUUAAAUGUUUCCUUAAAUUCCCUCCCACUGAAGAUAAUAAAAAUGAAGAUGACAAGAAAGGUGAAGAUGAAAAUAAGGGUGAAGGAGAAAAAAAAGAUGAAGGUGUAAAUAAGGACGAAGAAAACAAGAAAGAUGAAGGAGAAAAGAAGGAUGAAGGAAACAAGAAAGACGAAGGAGAAAAGAAAGAUGAAGGAAACAAAAAAGACGAAGGUGAAAAGAAAGAUGAAGGAGAAAAGAAGGACGAAGGAAACAAAAAAGACGAAGGAGAAAAAAAGGAGGAAGGAAACAAGAAAGAUGAAGGUGAAAAGAAAGAUGAAGAUACUAAGAAAGAUGAAGGUAUCAAAAAAGAUGAGGAAAACAAAAAAGACAAGGUGGAAGAAGGUCAAUAAGGCUAAAAGGGAGAUAAAAACUCUAAUGAUCAAAAAGAUUAAAAAGACCAAAAUGGUAAACCUACCAAAGCUGAAUAAAGUGUUAUUUCUGGUGGAAACUCUUUAGUUUUUGCAGUCACUUUAACUAUUUUAGCUUUAAUAAAUUGA